UUCUUUGGGAUAGGGGGCGGUAUUUUGACGUGCGGAUGAAAAGUGUGCCCAAAGUAAAUGUAUAGUAAUGUAUCAAUAGUUAUCAUUUACAAAUGAUCUAUGACAUAGCCAAUGAAUAUAUAGCACAACUUUGGAUUUCACCCCAUCUCAAAAUUGAAUGGUUUCAAAAUCAAAUGUUUUUAUUUUUGGUUGGAAUUGUUUGUUUAAUUCUCUGAUACUGGUGGUAUUGGUACUUUCAAUAUUUUCCUCAAUUUACUCCAGGAGGCUGCUGACCAGCAGGUCCCUCCCAAGCUUGUUCUCCAUCCUCCCAAAGUGGUCAAAAGCUUUGUGGAACGGAUGAACGAGUCCAUCCUGCGCAAAGACAGCAUAGUGAAGGACAACCUUACCCUGGACGUCCAUGAAGAGGAGCAUCCUCUGAAACUCAAAGUGGCUUUAUUGGAACAGCGACGCAAUCCCACGGUGAAUAAGGAGGACAAAGCAGCCAAGGGCUUCCAGUACAUCCUCAAUGUCCUCAACAAAGGGGGGGGGGACAUCGACAGGCUCUCAAAGAUUGUCAACAAUUUCAAGGAUUUACCCUCUGUGGGAGAGGAGCUGCCACAAGGUCAGCCGUUUCCACUUGAUGGCCAGCCCGAGACCACCUCUAAGAGUGAGAGGAAGGUGCCCUCUCGCAAAAGGCGCUCCCGGUUUGAUGGGCUCCCGCUAGGUUGGCUCAAUAUACUCUGGGGUCAGCCCACUCUACUCGGGGUUCAGCCCAAUCCGCUUGGGGGUCUGUUGCGUAAAGUGGUCCCAGCAGGUAGCGUUCUGCCACAAGACCACAGUCUCUUACAAAGUGGAGAAGGAGAGAUUGGGCAACAUAGCCUUAGCUUGGGCUUCAUCCAGGCUAAGGAUAGCCCAAAAAACAAAACGCCCAAGUCUCCACAGGUGGAGGAGAAGAGGAAAAGGAGGCAUAAGUCCAAGUCUCCACCUGUUGAGGAGAAGAGGAAAGAGAGGCAUAAGUCCAAGUCUCCACCUGUUGAGGAGAAGAGGAAAGAGAGGCAUAAGUCCAAGUCUCCACCUGUUGAGGAGAAGAGGAAAGAGAGGCAUAAGUCCAAGUCUCCACCUGUUGAGAAGAAGAGGAAAGAGAGGCAUAAGUCCAUGUCUCCACCUGUUGAGGAAAGGGAGGCAUAAGUCCAUGUCUCCACCUGUUGAGGAAAGGGAGGCAUAAGUCCAUGUCUCCACCUGUUGAGGAAAGGGAGGCAUAAGUCCAUGUCUCCACCUGUUGAGGAGAAGAGGAAAAUGAGGCCUGAGGAUGAGCAGAAGUACAGACAGAUCUAUAGCCUGCUGCAGACAAUUGGUCUGGAUCUGGGGGUUGAGGAGUUGGGCCAACUGAACGACAGGACCCAGGAGAGACUGUAUGGGAAGAAGAGAGACCAGGAGAAGAAGGGGGGCAAGAAAGAAAGCGUGUGGGAGGUUGAGAAGGAUUGCAAGAAGGAGAAAGAGGAGAGCGAGAAAGAUAAACAGAAAGAGGAAGAGGAGAGCGAGAAAGGGAAAGAUAAAGAGGAGAGAGCAUGCUCAAGCAAAUGUCACAGUAUUUCCUUGUUAUCAGAUAGCUCCAACUCCAGCCCCCCUUGCCAUCGGUGGACCGCCGAAUACAAACGCUCUAGCACCAGAGACCAGGACAGAGAGACUGGGGCAGAUCUGAGAGAAACAGAGACAGACGCUCUAGUACCAGAGACCUGGAUAGAUAUAGAUGGUGGGAGACAGACAGAAAAAUACGCUCUAGUACUAGAGAUGGGGACAGAGAGUGGGACAGGAGCAGAUCUAAGAGAGACAGAAACAGACUAUCUAGUACCAGAAACGGAUCAGAGAAAGAUGGUGAUAGAGACAGAUCUGAGACAAGGACAGAGAGAGAUGGUGGGAGCGAGGCAAAGACUGGGAUGGGGACAAAGAAGGCUUCAUGGGGCUUUACCCAUACUCCAACGAUCCUACACACCCUCAUGCAUCUUUGAUGGCAACCUACUCAGUGUAGUACUCUAAGUACAUGGCAUACCACAGCAGCCACUAUGCCAGCACCUUCCCUCCAAGGUGUGGCUUUUCCCCUGGUACCGUGCCCCCUGGUACCGUGCCCCAUGGUACCAUGCCCCCUGGUACCGUGCCCCCUGGUACCGUGCCCCAUGGUAACAUGCCCCUCCUCCCUAACCCCCUUGGGUAUCCACUCUACCCCAACUGCCCACCUUAUUACUAUAAUGGCACUUUAGAAAUGUUUUUCCAGGCAUACAUACAGGCCACUGGAAACCCCCAGUUCACAAACAUGGAUGUACAAGUGCAGGAUCCAGACCUAUCCCUGAGCAUCCCUGAACAGGACAUAGAGACUGUGUGGCCCAGACUUGUCGAUCCCAGCAUAAACCAAGACUCAAAACCUGUCGGACUUAACCAGUUGAGUAUAAACACGCAUCUAAAGAGGCAUCGCUAUAAGAUGAAUUUGAGGCGUCGCAAAAAUAUACAAGGUGGCUGCCAAGGAGCCCCCCUCUGAGCCAGGUACAAAGAAAGAGCCGGAAGGAGAGGCAGUCAUAGAAGGGGAGAAACUGCAUUCUGUGGUCCCUCCGGUGGCUACAAAGGAUUCUGAGGCACCCUCUAGAACAGGAUCCCAAAAUAGAAAAUGGAGAAAAGAGAAAACACUGGAAGAAAAAGGAGGUAUAUACAACCAAGGUUUAUCCAUGAGGGUGAACAGAACCUAUAUGACAAGGCGGAAAUUGCGUUUGGUGGAAGGGGUUGCAAAAGGCCUUGGGCUCUGGUUCAGAGGGGACCUCAAGACAGAGCCAGAAGCGGAGGACAAAUCAUUGACAGAAUGACAGAGAAUGUUUGCAGACGCUGUGGCGAAUGUGACUGCAACGGAUCUGAACCAGAGGCUGAGAAAAAAACCUGACUGGGAGACCGAGCAGAAAAGGACAGACGAAGAGAUGAAGGCAAAAUUAAAGAAAACGCUUGGCGAGUUCAACCUGAAGAUGAAGCAAUCAACACAUUUAAAAGAAGCCCCAACAGAAGCCCCAACAGAAGCCCCAACAGAACCUGAAAGGGCGGUUGUUGUAGUGCGUCAUGAGCUCACCUCCCCCUCAAACCUGCUGCUGACCCAUCCAGACCCUGUGGACAUCCGUUUGGCUAACAUUCUCCAUAUCUAUCUAUACUCACUGGCCAGUUUAUUAGGUACAUACUGGGUUGGACCCUCCUUUUCCUCCAGGACAGCCUGAAUUUUUGGGGGCAUUCUACAAGUUGUCUGAAACGUUCCACAGGGAUGUUGGUUCAUGCUGACGCGAUGGCAUCACGCAGUUGCUGCAGAUUGGACAGUGAUACAUUCAUGCUGCGAACAGCCCAUUCCAUCUCAUCCCAAAGAUGCUGUAUUGGGUUGAGGUCUGGGGACUACGCAGGCCACUCAAGUAAACUGAACUUGCUGUCAUGCUCCAGGCAAUGUUUUUCCACUCCUCGAUUGUCUAGUCUUGGUGAUCACGUGCCCACUGGGGCCACUUCUUGUUUUUAGCUGAUAAGAGUGGAACCCGGUGUGAUUGUCUGCUGCAAUAGCCCAUCCGUGAUAAUCAUUGACGAGUUGUACGUUCCGAGAUGCUGUUUGGCACACCACUGCUGUACUGCACAAUUAUUUGUCUGUUUGUGGCCCGCAUGUUAGCUUAAACGAUUCUUGCCAUUCUCAUUCGAACUCUCUCAUUAACAAGCUGUUUUCGCCAACAGGACUGCCACAGAAUGGAUGUUUUUUGUUUGUCGCACCAUUCUCAGUAAACCCUAGACACUGUUGUGCGUGAAAAGCCCAGGUAGGCGGCCGUUUCUGAGGUACAGGAGCGUUUGGCACCGACGAUCAUAACAUGCUUAAAGUCGCUUAGGUCACUAGUUUUUCCCAUUCUAACGUUCAACCGAACAGUAACUGAAUGCCUUGAUGCCUGUCUGCCUGCUUUAUAUAGUGAGUCACAGCGACGUGACUCACUUUCAGUAAGAGCGAUCCAUUUUCGUAAAUGGGGUGGUGUACCAAAUAAACUGGCCGAUGAGUAGA